AAACCAAAAUCGUCCCACCCCUUCACUACCUCAUAUAGCAAUUCCCCUCACACUCUCUCUCUCUUGUCUUGGCCCUAUCAACAAAGUGUUGUUGUUCAAUUUCGCCCUCUUCUUCUUUCCCCCCUCCCUAAACAAAUUUCUCCAAUUCUCUCCCAUGGUGGUUCCAUCACCGUUCUUACUUCUCCCUUUCCAAUCCCCACCAUGCCCAACUUUCGUUUCCCCUUCCUCUCCGCCCACCGCCGGCCACGACUCCCAGAACCAUACACCACCACCGCUGACAUCAGCAACGUAGUAGGCACCGGCGGAGACGACGUCGUAGAAUGCUACGCGUGCACGCAGGUCGGCGUCCCGGUCUUCCACUCCACAACCUGCGACGCCGCCCACCAGCCGCUCUGGGAAGCCUCCGCCGGCUCCUCCUUGGUCCCCAUCCACUCCAACUCAACAGCUCCACUCCCGGCCCCACGCCCGCGGCCGCGCCGCCGCCCCAGCGGCGCGUUCGGGACGGUGGUGGACCCGCGGAGCAAGCGCGUGCAGCGGCUGAACCGGGCGUUCCUCCUGGCCCGGGCCAUGGCGCUGGCGGUGGACCCGCUGUUCUUCUACGCGCUGUCGAUCGGGCGCGGGGGCUCGCCGUGCCUGUACAUGGACGGCGGGCUGGCGGCGAUCGUGACGGUGCUCCGCACGUGCCUGGACGGGGCGCACGUGGUGCACGUGUGGCUGCAGCUGCGGGUGGCGUACGUGUCGCGGGAGUCGAUGGUGGUUGGGUGCGGGAAGCUGGUGUGGGACCCGCAAGCCAUCGCGGCCCACUACCUCCGGUCGCUGAAGGGGUUCUGGUUCGACGCCUUCGUCAUCCUCCCCGUUCCCCAGGCUGUGUUCUGGCUGGUGGUGCCAAGAUUGAUCAGAGACGAGCAGAUCAAGCUGAUAAUGACAAUCAUGCUCUUAAUCUUCCUGUUCCAAUUCCUGCCCAAAGUGUACCACAGCCUCACCCUGAUGAGGAGAAUGCAGAAGGUCACCGGCUACAUCUUCGGCACCAUCUGGUGGGGUUUCGGCCUCAACCUCAUCGCCUACUUCAUCGCCUCCCACGUCGCCGGAGGAUGCUGGUACGUGCUCGCCAUCCAGCGCGCCGCCUCCUGCAUAAAGCAGCAGUGCAACUUGUCCUCCAACUGCGACCUCUCCUUGUCUUGCUCCGAAGAGCUCUGUUUCCGCCUUGUCCUGCCCGAUGCUCUGGCGGCGGGGAGCGGAUCUUGUGGUGGUUAUUACAACUCCACUACUACUCAUAGGACUCCAAUGUGCUUGGACAUGGAUGGCAGUUUCAAGUAUGGGAUCUACAAGUGGGCUCUCCCUGUGAUUUCCAGUGAUUCUUUGGCUGUCAAGAUUCUUUACCCCAUUUUCUGGGGCUUAAUGACCCUCAGGUAAGUAAGAUUGAUUACCUACCUAGUCAUAAUUGUGUGUCCAUUGAGCCAAAAAUCUGAAAAUCUGAAUGAGAGGAGAUGAUUUGAACUGUGGUAAUUGGGGAGAGAGAGCUAAGACCAUGCCGACUACUCUGUAUCCGCAAUUUGUUACGAAAUUUUGACAUCCAAUUUACCUAUAUUUCAACGUUGAGAGCGACUAUAGCCUCUCCUGACUUCAACCUAGCUCCGCAGCUGUAUGACAUAGUCGUGUUGAGAUUAGUUUGAUUGACUGAUGGGAUUUGUGCAUGAAUAUUGCAGCACAUUUGGGAAUGAUCUUGAACCAACUAGUAACUGGUUGGAAGUGAUGUUCAGCAUAUGCCUAGUACUGAGUGGGUUGAUGCUCUUCACUUUGUUGAUUGGUAACAUUCAGGUGUUCUUGCACGCGGUGAUGGCGACGAAGAGAAAGAUGCAGCUGAGGUGCAGAGACAUGGAGUGGUGGAUGAGAAGAAGACAGCUGCCUUCCCGCUUGAGGCAGAGAGUUCGGCACUACGAGCGCCAGAGGUGGACGACCAUGGGAGGCGAGGAUGAGAUGGAAAUGAUCAAAGACUUGCCUGAAGGGCUACGGCGGGACAUCAAAAGAUACCUCUGCCUAGACCUCAUCAAGAAGGUGCCGUUGUUUCAUAACUUGGACGAUUUGAUUCUCGACAACAUAUGUGACAGAGUCAAGCCCAUUGUGUUUUCCAAGGAUGAAAAGAUAAUUAGAGAAGGGGAUCCAGUACCAAGAAUGGUGUUUUUAGUCCGUGGGAAGAUAAAAAGCUCACAAAGGCUAAGCAAAGGAGUGGUAGCAACAAACGUGCUCGAAGCUGGGGGCUUCCUCGGCGACGAACUUUUGUCAUGGUGCCUACGCCGGCCAUUCAACGAGCGGCUUCCAGCUUCGUCGGCGACGUUCGUGUGCAUAGAAGCCGCGGAGGCAUUUGCUCUCGACGCCAACCACUUGAAGUACAUUACGGAUCAUUUCCGGUACAAGUUCGCGAACGAGAGGCUGAAGAGGACGGCGAGGUAUUACUCUUCGAACUGGCGGACGUGGGCGGCCGUGAACAUUCAGUUUGCGUGGCGGCGGUACAGGCGGAGGACUAGAGGUGGCGGUGGUGCUGGUCCGAUGAACCCUGUGGUUGAGAGUGGUGGGGAUGUGGAAAAUAAGUUGUUGAGAUAUGCUGCCAUGUUCAUGUCGAUUCGACCACAUGACCACCUUGAAUGAAUGAAGUCGGAUAGAAGGGUGAAUUAGAGUGCAAUGUUUUUGGGAUAAUCUUGCUUUUUUUUUUCUUGUGUUUGUUCAUUUGUUGUCAAUUGUCAUCAGAUGAUGAACAAACCAUAUCCUCCAGUAUGUUCAUGUUAUAUGAUCAUGUUGGAGGGUAUACUCAUUGAUACCUCCCUGAAUAAAGAAAAUAAAUUAGUUGGUUCUUUUUGGAGUAGGGUUCUUGAUAACAUGACAGGCAAACACUAAAUGUAAUGUAAUGUAAUGGUAGGCAAAGUUGAAACUUCUACAAGAGGCCUCAAUAAACUAAACG